UUUUUUUAUGUCCUCAGAUUAAAUGAAGGGAAUAGUACUGGAAUAAAUACAGAUGAAAGAAAGAAAAUGCAAGGAGAAAAUUUCACCAUUUGGAGCAUUUUUUUCUUGGCAGGAUUUUCCCAGUACCCAAGGUUAGAGGUGGUUCUCUUCAUCUUCAGCCUUGUAAUGUAUCUGACAACGCUCUUGGGCAACAGCACUCUUAUUUUAAUCACUAUCCUAGAUUCACGCCUUAAAACCCCCAUGUACUUAUUCCUUGGAAAUCUCUCUUUCAUGGAUAUUUGUUACACAUCUGCCUCAAUUCCUACUUUGCUGGUAAGUUUGCUGUCAUCCCAGAAAACCAUUAUCUUUUCUGGUUGUGCUGUACAGAUGUAUCUUUCCCUUGCCAUGGGCUCCACGGAGUGUGUGCUCCUGGCCGUGAUGGCAUAUGACCGUUAUGUGGCCAUUUGCAACCCGCUGAGAUACUUCAUCAUCAUGAACAGGCGGGUCUGUGCGCAGAUGGCCACGGUCUCCUGGAUGAUGGGUUGCCUGACUGCCCUGCUGGAAACCAGUUUCGCCCUGCAGAUACCCCUCUGUGGGAAUCUCAUUGAUCACUUCACCUGUGAAAUUCUGGCAGUGCUAAAGUUAGCUUGCGCAAGUUCACUGCUCAUGGACAUGAUCAUGCUGGUGGUCAGCAUUCUCUUGUUGCCAAUUCCAAUGCUCUUAAUUUGUAUCUCUUACAUCUUCAUCCUUUCCACUAUUCUGAGAAUCAGCUCAGCAGAGGGAAGAAACAAAGCUUUUUCUACCUGUGGUGCCCAUUUGACUGUGGUGAUCUUGUAUUAUGGGGCUGCCCUCUCUAUGUACCUAAAGCCAUCUUCAUCAAACUCACAAAAAAUAGACAAAAUCAUCUCAUUACUUUAUGGAGUGCUUACCCCUAUGUUGAACCCCAUAAUUUACAGUUUAAGAAACAAGGAAGUCAAAGAUGCUAUGAAGAAACUGCUGGGCAAAAUACCAUUGCAUCAAACACAUGGAUGUCUCUGAUUGGGUCUCUAUGGUUUUACCAGAGCUGUACCCCUGGCAGAGCUCACCAGAGACAUUCUAGACCACAUACAACCACUAAGAAUUCUGACUGGAUCUUAUCUCUAUAUAAUCUCACAGUUAUGAGAUGUGUACACAGAAUGAUUGCCUUUUAACAGUAGUAGGUUUCAAUUUGCAUUUGUUAAUAUUUCCUUUUUGUGUUUUGUGGUUGUGAGGUUUUGAGUUGUAAAGUCAUCAAAUAUGUGCUCCUGAAGAAAUCUUGUAUAUCUUCCGUGCUUUAGUCUUUUCUCAAAUGAGGUGGGAGCAUAAAGAAACAAAGACUGGCCUUGAUUAUGCAACUGAGAAAACAGAAUUUAAAAAUGUAAAAGACUAGCUCAACAUCACACAGUUGUAGAGCUGGGACUAUGACAUCCUUCCAAUUUCUUGGCCAGAGGUUGUUCUACCACAUUGUAGUGGCUUUUAAAUUACCCUUCAUUAUUCAAAACUCCUGAUUAAAAUUCCUUAUCUCCCUGAGUAAAGCAUUCAAUGAUGCCUACUUGAUUUUUCCACUUCCAGCCUUGCUUUUCUAAGCUCAUAAAUACUUGUGCAAACUAUAUCUGCUUUUAUGCCAGUAUACUACCCAU